AUGACCUCCAAUUCGUCUGACAGGAUCAUGGAGAACUCGUCUGAGCGCGUGGGCUCCUCAAUCCGCGCACUCAUUGAGUUCCCAGAGGGCAUCAGACUCGAAUUAUUGAAGGACCACAAGAGAAGGGGGAAAAGCGUGGGGAAUCCCAAUUUGAUCACUACAAACCACCAUUCCCAAGGCAUAGCACUAUGGGAUGUGGACGGUCCUGCUCCCGGCGAAGUUUUUAGAUUUGACGAAGAUGAAGAGGGGAUGCACCGGCCUGCAGUCAAGUCCGAGCUCAACGACGCUUUACCGUUAGGGAAGAAAGUACCCGCUACUUCAUCACCAUCAAAACCUUCCUCCUCGACUGUUAAACCCACUACACAUAAGAGUCGGGUGAAACUCGUCCCUGUUACUAUUUCUUCGAAAACGUGGACGAAGAAUAAGAUCACGGCGAAGGAACUGGAGCCACAGCUUUCUCCUCUGGCGCCUCUUAUGUUGAAGUCGCUUUCACCGUCAAAGCCGCACAAGUCAAAUGCGGCCGUCAUCAUCCACAUUUCCGGACCCGUCACCAACCCGGGGAUCAGUGUUAACUGGGAUUGCUCGCACCGCAUUUUGGUUGUUGCACCUCUAGUGAAGUCCCGCUAUGUCUCCCCCUCCCUCGCUCGCCCAUCCUCCGAGCCCAAUAUCACAGGAAGUCAGGAGUUCCUGUUGGACACGUGUCCGAAUCCGACGAUGGGUCUCCUUCCGACGAUGGGUCUCCUUCCGUCGAAGAUGGAACGAUUCAUUAGGGGAGCAGCCGAUCCAAGAACACUAAGGGCAGCGACGCUGAUCUCGUGGUUCAUCACACGAUGGGUUUCAAUCAGAGAUGAAUUGGCUCUUGUGUUAGGAACGAACACAUCUCAUGGCGUCCGAAUGACGGCAUAUGAAAACCGGCAUACGAUGCUGCUUCGACUGCCUUUGAUGUUGCCAUUAUUAUUACAUGCCGUCGGCGCUGAUACAUAUGCUCCAGGAGCUAAGAGCUUCUUCAGCUUUCUGUGGGUGGUCGCCAAGUCAGCCACUCCCUUUGAAUGGUUCUUGCACAAGUUUAUGGGUCACCGAGCUUAUGAAACGGGGUUCGUUCUCAACGAGUCAACUGGCACUUGUCCGUCACCCACCCAGCGUUUCAUCAGCCUAAUGAGCUUAACAUCCAUCCCUGCAUUCAGGCGUCCAUUUCCUUCUUUCGCACAGGCUCUAGCAUGCCUCCCGAAACAAAAUCUUCUGGAUACUCACGGGAAUCCUCAACAAGAGGUUCUUUCUGAGUACUACACAUCGCUUUUCGCGCCGCGAGACUUGAUGCGCACUAUGCGACCAAAAUACGGCGAUGGCUUACUCCUGCCUGACGUCUUCCUUGAGGACGAUGAAUCGUCCGAGACAGAGACCGAGUUUGACGAUUCGGAUGAAAGAUCGUCGAUCCAUAAAGAACCUCAGGCUAGGGCGAGAAAGCGAUUGCUCGCGCUCUUCGAAAGGUUCUUCACUCGCAAGUAG